AUGAGCACCUCCGAGAUCCCCACCGCCAUUGCCGACAUGGUCGUUGACUUCACCGAGCCGCUCCUAGCCGCCAUCCUCCUCUCCGCCGAGAACUGCUCUGGUAAAAAGCUACUCCUCUUGUUCAAGUCUGCCGGGAAGAACAACCCUGAUGUCAAGAGCCUUGCCAAUCUUGACAUCGUCGCGAGCAAGGUUGCUGAUUCAGCUGAGAUUGACGAGAUGGACGCGUACAUGCUCUGGGAUUUGGUGAAGGAAAUGGGCAGUGUGCCAGGAUCAUUGAGCACCCCACUGCUGAACAAAGUGCUAGCAAUAUUCUGGAAGCUCGAGAAAUCGAAGGCGGCGCUAGAGGUGCUUGACAAGUUCAGUGAGUUUGGCUGUACUCCGGACGGUGACAGCUAUUAUCUGGCGAUUCAAGCGGCUGGAAAGAAGUCCAUGGUUGGUGCUGCAUGGGGAGUUUGCGAGAAGAUGAUUAGCUCCGGGUGCUUCCCUGAUGGGAAGAAGACCGGUGAGAUUGUGUCCUUCUUUUGCCAGGGGAAGAAGGUAACAGAGGCACAUUCAGUAUACCUAGCAGCGAAGGAGAAGAAGGUUCAGAUUCCUACAUCAUCCUUGGAUUUCCUUGUUGGUGCUUUGGCGAAGAAUGACGAGACCAUCAGUACCGCUCUGGAGCUGCUGGUUGAAUACAAAGGAGAGUCUCUUAAGCAUGCAGGCAAGUCCUUUGCUGCCGUUAUACAUAGUUUGUGCAGGAUGAAGAAUGUGAAGGAUGCAAAGAAGCUGUUGAUGAGGAUGGUGAAUCUUGGCCCAGCUCCUGGUAGUGCAGUGUUCAACUUUGUCAUCACAGGAUUGUCUAAAGAGGGAGAAAUGGAGGACGCAAAGGGUUUGAUAAGAGUGAUGGAAAGCCGAGGGCUGCGCCCUGAUGUUUAUACAUACAGUGUGAUCAUGAGUGGCUACAUAAAGGGAGGCAUGAUUGAUGAAGCUCAUUCUCUACUUCGCGAAGCUAAGAAGAUCCAUGCAAAACCAAGCAGGGUUACUUAUCACAUACUGAUCCGUGGUUACUGCAAGAUGGAGGAGUUCGAGAAGGCCCUGGAGUGCCUAAAGGAGAUGAAGGAGGACGGGUUGCAGCCAAAUAUGGAUGAGUAUAGCGAACUCAUCCAGUCGUUGUGUCUGAAGUCUAUGGACUGGAGAACAGCUGAGAAGCUCCUGGAGGAAAUGGAGGGCAGUGGAUUAUGCCUUAAGGGCAUUAUCCGCAGCCUCAUACCAGCAGUCAAGGAGUUGGAAACGGAAGAGGCGUCAAAAGACAGCCAAGAAGCAUAG